AUGAAAUAUAAAACCUAUCCGCCAAUUGCAGAGGGAUUCUCAAACAACAAUACACGGUUCAUUUUUGACAACAAGUAUGGUGAUGGUAAAACGUGUCAACAGAUGGGACUCUAUGGCUGGAAUGCCUCUAUCACGUUCUCGGCCACAUGCACAAAUGAUGGUGCAUUUUCAUACAUUGUGUUUGGCAUGGAUAGUGUAAAAUACACGAGCAAUAUAACGACUGACACGGGUUUGUCGUCCGGUUUUGGCAGAUAUGUGGUACUUAAUGGUUCUGAAAAUGUUUACGCGCAGGGUGUUUACAGUUCGAUGCUAAAUAAUUCACUCACGGAGUGGACUAUUGAUUUGCCGGGGGCGGGAAAUUAUUGCGCGACCGUUAUGCCCUUAAAGUACAAUGAGAACUCCCGAGACUGUUCAAUUAAAAUACAAUACGACGGGGUAACACUUCCCGUAGCUGACAGCGAUUCCGCUGCUUUUCGUGUUACUCCAUUGUUACUACCUCUCGUUGUUUCGAUACUUUUAACAAUUUUGUAUGUGCUUUAA